AUGGCAGAUCCUAAAAUGAUUUAAUUAGAAUUAUAGACACCACAUAUUUUAAGUAGUUAAGAUCAAAGAGAAAUGCAAAAUUUAUUUGGUAAUAAAAAAAAAUAAGAAUAGAAUAUUAGUACGAUAAUGUUGAAGCAAAAGGAAAUUAUGCCUAGAAAUAUUAAUCAAAAAACAGAAAAAUUACAUCUAAUAGACCAGAUUUUUAGUUACCUGACAAUAGUAUUUAAACAUCUAAAUACACUUUNUUAAUUGAAAAUUUAACAUAAGUUUAUUCAUUUAAAAAAAAAACUAUAAUAUUUUUAUUAAAUUAGAUUUCUGUUUCUAAAUUUUAUUUUUGGAAAUUAUUUUUUUCUCAGUUUGACUAAGCUCUCAAAAUAUACAUCUGUCAACUUAAUUAUGAAACUAAUAAAAAUUAUUUAAUAACAAUCCACUCGUUUAAUAUUUGCUUAAAAAGCGCUGAUUUAAUUUACGUUUAGAACGAAUUUUUAAAUGGUUAAUAUGAGAGAGCCAUUUUUAUAAAAUCAUUUACUCUCCUAUUUAAUAAACUUUGUUUAUAAUUUUAUUGUUCAAUAUUUUUUUAUAAAACACCCCAUUUUAAUAAAUUUAAGAGAAGCAAACAAAUUAAAAACUAUUAUAAAAGGGAUUUUAAGUCAAUUGAAUUAUCAAAAUUGAAUAUGGGACUGAUAUCGAAAAUAAAUCUUGAAUGUUAAUAAAUUUAACAAUUUGCAAUAGAGAUAGAUAAAUUAUGA